CGGGGCGAGUAACCCGCGGAGCCAGAAGAGGGAGGAAAGGAGAUGAGAUUUCAUCAUGUUGGCCAGCCUGGUCUCAAACUCCUGACCUCAAGUGAUCCGCCUGCCUUGGCCUCCCAAAGUGCUGGGAUUACAGAUAAACAGGCUUCAGAGUGAAGGAAGAAAAACGACUAUGGCUAUACCCCUGACAUUUGAUUUUCAGUUGGAAUUUGAAGAGGCUCUUGCUACAUCCACAUCUAAGGCAAUAUCAAAGAUCAAAGAAGACAAGUCACCCAGCAUUACAAAAUCAAAAAUGCAUGUCUCUUUCAAAUGUGAGCCUGAACCUAGAAAGAUUAAUUUUGAAAAGUCAAAUUUAAGAUCAUUCUUUGUUCAAACAAAUGUAAAAAAUAAAGAAAGUGAGUCAACAGCUCAAAUUGAAAAAAAACCUAGGAAACCACUGGAUUCUGUUGGUCACUCAGAAGGUGAUAGAAAUAAAAGAAAAAAAUCUCCACCGAUGAGUGAUUUUAAUAUAAAAGAAAACAAAUCAGUCAGAAAUGAUCAAUUAAGUAAGUAUAGGUCAGUAAGAAAGAAAAGCUUGCUCCCAUUGUGCUUUGAGGAUGAAUUGAAAAAUCCACAUGCCAAGGUAAUCAACGUUAGUCCAACAAAGACGGCAACCUCUCACAUGGAACAAAAGGACACAAAUCCCAUAAUUUUCCAUGACACAGAAUAUGUGCGAAUGUUACUUUUGACAAAAAAUAGAUUUUCUUCUCAUCCUUUGGAAAAUGAAAACAUUUACCCACAUAAAAGAACAAAUUUCGUUUUAGAAAGAAAUUGUGAAAUCCUCAAAUCUAUAAUUGGCAAUCAAUCUAUUUCUCUUUUCAAACCCCAAAAAACCACGCCUACAGUACAGAGAAAAGAUAUACAGAUUCCCAUGUCUUUUAAAGCGGGCCACACAACUGUAGAUGAUAAACUAAAGAAGAAAACUAAUAAGCAGACACUAGAAAACAGAUCUUGGAAUGCAGUCUAUAAUUUCUCACAGAAUUUUUCUAGUCUAACAAAACAAUUUGUGGGUUACCUUGAUAAAGCUGUUAUUCAUGAAAUGAGUACCCAAACUGGAAAAUUGGAAAGAACAUUUUCUGUAGGAAAACCAAUGAGCAUACCCACUUCCAGUGCCUCACCUGUCAAAUAUUACUCAAAGCCUUUUAAAUAUAUAUAUAAACUAAAUAAUGUAACACCACUGGAUAAUUUGUUAAGCUUCUCAAGUGAAAUUUUAAAUGCCUCAUAAAAUAUCAUGUAUGCAGCAAUAUUUGAGUAACAAGAAGCAAAUAUCCAAGUUCCAAAAUUAUAAAAGAAAUUCUUAUCCAAAUAGUAAUGUUCUAAUUGAUCAUAUAAGAAAGCAAAGCAUAGACAUUAAAAUUACAAGUCAGCAGUGGUCUGUUCAAGAACAAUCAACAUUUUUAGAAAAUAAUAGGACAAAAUUAGGAAAUAAUUAUCACCAAGAGGAUCUAGUUCAUGACUUUCUAUUAUCUCAAUUAGAUUGCUCAAUCAUCAGCCUUCCUGUACUAAACUCUGAUUCAGGACCAAGAAAGGCAUAGUCUGACUCUGGAAAUGAGCUGUUGGGAGCCAAAUAACAUCAAUACUCUUGUUCUAUAAUUGAAUAUCAAAUAAGACAAAUUAGCAUUAAUUUGAUGACUGUGGAGUUAAUUGUAUAUCAGCAUUUCAGCAAAUCAUCAUCAAUAGUAUUACAUUGGCAAUUUAUGCAAUUAAAAAGGCUUUGUGAAACUU